AUGGCACGCACUUUCCAAAGUGGCACGAAUGGCACAGUGUCUCUGUUCCAGCAGGCUUGGGUGGUGACUAGGACAACCGCAAACAACAUUUUUCGUGAGAACAUGAACGCAAAUUCGAGUGGUGAAAAUAGUUGUUUCGGGGGUUGCAGAUUCAGACAUGUCAUGGAUUUUCUCGCGCGGAGAGGGGCUAAGAAAGUAUGUCGCGUGUACGCUACACGCACUUCCCUUGUGCACAUCAUUACUAAUCGCGCUUUCGGUGGCUUAGCACUCGUAAACUCGUCCGACACUAGAGUCCCAAUCAAGGGGAUAGGCAUGAUCACAGGGCUAAUACUUCAGAGCUUAAUUCUGAUGGUGCAUGGUGGUGCUUGCCAGUCCAUGGUGGUGCACCUAAGGCCAAGACAUCCAAUCCUUCAUGGAGACCGUUUUCUUGGCUUCGGUCCGGCGUUCGAAUCCAUCUACCCGGGGUCCCCCGGUUUCACAUUCCUCUUUGUCUCGAGAGAGAUCCAGAAGACCGACAACUCAAACGCCACUCGUAGAAAUCGACAAACCUCUCAUGGUGGAAUGUGGGAAAUCUGUUGGUACAUGCUAAUAGGGAUCAGGGUGGCGUACGAGGCUGCCAAUGACCCAUCUGCAUGUGAUAGUCCUCGUAACAGCGCGAUGACAGGCGACAAGCGUUGGAUAGGCUUUCAAACCAUUUUCUGUUCCUUGUCCGAGAUUUUAUGUGGUUAG